CCUUCUCUCCUUCCUCCCUCUCCCGCUCCCCACACUCCUGCUCCUGGCUGUUUAAAUACCAGUGUGGGAAGUGCUCGCCCUCAGGCUCCAGCCACCAAACAUGCUUCCUCUGACUCCGGUCUUGGUCGCGGUCGUCUGCAUUCUGAUUGUGUGGAUCUUUAAACCUGCUGACAGAAGCCUGCAGAGGAAGAAGCGGGAGCCUGGAGCUCGGCCCUGGGUGGAUGAAGACCUAAACGACAGCACGGACCUCCACCAGGGGCAGGAAGAUGCAGAUGAACUGCCAGAAUCAGAGGAAGAUGUUGAACACAUCCCAUUCUCCCACACCCGGUAUCCUGAGAAGGAAAUGGCUAAGAGGUCGCAGGAAUUUUAUGAGCUUCUCAAUAAGAGACGGUCAGUCAGGUUCAUAAGUAAUGAGCAAGUCCCAAUGGAAGUCAUUAAUAAUGUCAUCAAAGCAGCAGGAACAGCCCCAAGCGGGGCCCACACAGAACCCUGGACCUUUGUGUUGGUGAAGGACCCAGACGUGAAGCACAAGAUCCGGGAGAUCAUUGAGAAGGAGGAGGAAAUAAACUACAUGAAGAGGAUGGGACACCGAUGGGUCACAGACCUGAAGAAACUGAGAACCAACUGGGUUAAGGAAUACCUGGACACCGCCCCUGUUUUGAUUCUCAUUUUCAAACAAGUACAUGGUUUUACUGCAAGUGGCAGGAAAAAGGUGCACUACUACAAUGAGAUCAGCGUCUCCAUCGCUUGCGGCAUCCUGCUGGCUGCGCUGCAGAAUGCAGGGCUGGUGACCGUCACGACCACUCCGCUCAACUGUGGCCCUCAUCUGAGGAUGCUCCUGGGCCGCCCCCCACACGAAAAGCUGCUGAUGCUGCUUCCUGUGGGGUACCCCAGCAAAGAGGCCACAGUGCCUGAUCUGAAACGGAAAGCGCUGGACCAGAUCAUGGUGACAGUGUAGGCCAGAGCCUGUCGGAGAGAUGCUCAGACCUCUCCUCUCGGUUCUCCUGGCUGCCCUUUCUCUUGGGGUCAGGUCUCUGCGCUGCAGUUCACAGGGGCACCCUCUCUGCGUGUCAAGACACCGGUCCACAUGCUCCAGCACUCUGGGUCCAGUAAGUUGCUCCUGAUGGGCUGUGUGAUCUGGGGAAUGUGUGGGGCAAGAGACCAGCAAGCAUUUGCACUUCCGUUUCUUACCCUCUUUGGAAAUGCAUGUGUAUUUUACUAAGGAGAUUCCCCAGGAUUUAGGUUUUUAAAACUACUCUAGUAAAUCACUGGUGAUUUUUUCUUUCACUUAAAAUUUUUAUAUGGAGAAAAAAGUCAUCAGAAAAUAUAAUGUAGUCCCAAGAAUUCAGCUAUGUGUUGAUUUUUGUAUCAAAUAGUUUUCUGCCUUCUGAUUGCUGGUGGCUUGAAACGAAGUGCUUUGGAGAUGCACUCUUUCACUGACUCCAAUGGAUGUUCUGCCAGUUUUGAAUGAGUAACUGUUGAAGUAACUAAAAUGUCACACUCAUAUUAUAGGACAGGGCAUGACUGCUUGAUAGGACUCUGACUGGCAGUCAUUCAAGCAGAUCAACAAUGAGGAGCACUGUCCACUGGUGUGCUGGAGCUGGCUCACACCAGCUCAUGGAAGCUGAUGAAUAUCCAGGAAUUGGCCAGCCAGUUAGGAAAACAUCCAUAGCUUGACAUUGCUCCUGGCAGGAGCGUUUACACCACAGCCAUUGGCAGAUGCUCUGAGUGGGGCUUGCUUUCUUUUCUUAAAAACAACUCUUUACCACACACGGCACUACUUUCCCACUCGACCCCAUGAAACACACUUCCCUUUUUCUCCAAAUGACAGCAGGCUGUUUGGGGUUGAUGGGGUCACAGACUUAGUUGGGGAUGCCAGACCUCAUCUUUCACCGGUCACCAGCCACCUACCCUCCCAGGGGCCUCGUGUACACAGGCUCAUCCUCACAACUCAGGCAAUUGCCCUUCAGCAACUCCAUUGCUCCUUUUUCUUUUCCACUGUCCCUUUCCUCCUCUAUUUUUAAAAACUCAGUUCCCUUGAGAAAAGUCUGUUUUCCCACUUUUCAUUCCCAUUUGUGAGUCACACAAUGCAAGAAAAGCCCUCCAUGUCAUUGACAAGAACAAGAGUUGGUGACAAGCAUUUCUUUGCUUUUACAUACAAUUGGACAUUACAGAAAUCUGUGCCUUUAACAUUUAAAGUCUUCUGAAAUACCCAGAAAUUUCUUGUAGAACCUCCAAAAUCUUUCAUCCCAAUCUUCCGUUUUUCUAUAAACAUGCUUUCCCCCAAAUCUACACAUUUUAAUAAAUACAAACUUUCUUAUAUUUUAUUUGUAUUCUUUAAAAAAUAUAUUGGUAUUGCAAUAAGUAUUUGUCCACCCCCCCAACUUUAUUGAAAUGAGCAUUGUUUGAACACAUUGUGACUUUAGAAGGCUUUUGUGGGCUGUGAUAUCAGCCUAACUGCUGCGUGGCAUCUUGUUUUAAAGGAGAAGACCCUCUGGGUUCCAAAUAUCAGAAUAAUAAACAUAC